CAAGUCUCUUAUUAUAUAAACGCCUCUCUUCUCUAUCUUCAUUCUUCCACAGAAAUCCUCAAUCUUCAAUAUCAAAGCCCACAUCGAAUAGCUUAGUAUUUUUUUGCCUCCCGGGUGAUAACUUCCAUGGAGUCCUCUCAAUCUCUGAUUCCGAAGCCCCCCACGGUGGUUAUGAUUCCGAGCCCAGGCAUGGGCCAUCUCAUUCCCAUGAUAGAGUUCGCAAAACGACUCGUCGUUCACGAUCUCUGCGUCGCCUUUGUCAUCCCCUCAGACGGCCCUCCCUCUAAGCCCCAGAGGACCGUCUUCCUCGGCCUCCCACCUUCUAUCCCCCACACCUUUCUUCCUCCGGUUUCGCUCUCUGAACUCCCCGACACCUCCAGGAUCGAAACGAUCAUCUCCCUCACCGUUGCCCGCUCCCUCCCUUUUCUCCGCGACGCCUUCCGCUUGCUCUCGGAGUCUCAUCGCCUCACCGCCGUCGCCGUCGACCUCUUUGGCACCGACGCAUUCGACGUCGCCCGAGAAUUCGGUGUUUCUCCUUUCAUCUUCUUCCCUUCUACCGCCAUGGCCCUGUCCCUGUUCCUCUACCUUCCUCAAUUAGACGAAGAGGUUCAAUGCGAGUACAGGGAGCUCGAAGAACCGGUGAGAAUCCCAGGGUGCAUCCCGGUCCACGGGAGAGAUCUCCUGGACCCGGUCCAGGACAGGAAAAACGAUGCCUACAAAUGGCUCCUCCACCACAGCAAACGGUACCACCUUGCCGAGGGAAUCAUAGAGAACAGCUUCACGGAGCUCGAACCGGGGGCCAUCAAGACGUUCCAGAAGAACGAACCGGGUUCCCAUAAGCCUCCUCUUUAUCCGGUCGGUCCGCUGGUGAACAUGGACAAUGCUCACAGUGAAAUCGACGGGUCCGGGUGCCUGAAGUGGCUGGACGACCAGCCACACGGCAGCGUCCUAUUCAUCUCCUUCGGCAGCGGUGGGGCCCUCUCGACGGCUCAAAUCAACGAGCUCGCUCUGGGGCUAGAAAUGAGCGAGCAAAGAUUCUUGUGGGUGGUGAGAAGCCCCAAUGACGGAACCGCAAACGCGAAUUACUUCAACGCGGAGAGCGAAGCAGACCCUUUCGGCUUUCUCCCCAAAGGGUUCGUCGGAAGGACCAAAGGCCGAGGCUUCUUGGUGCCGUCGUGGGCCCCGCAGGCUCAAGUCCUGAGACACGGCUCGACCGGCGGGUUCCUGACCCACUGUGGCUGGAACUCCAUCUUGGAAAGCGUGGUGAACGGCGUGCCACUGGUGGCCUGGCCUCUGUACGCGGAACAGAGGAUGAACGCGGUGAUGGUGACGCAGGACGUGAAGGUGGCACUGAGGCCCAAGGCGAGCGAGGGGGUUGCUGGAAGGCACGAGGUCGCCAAGGUGGUGAAGGACUUGAUGGAAGGCGAAGAAGGCAAGAAGCUUCGUUACAGAAUGAAGGAUCUGAAGGAAGCUGCCGACAAGGCUCUUUCGGAGAAUGGAAGCUCCACCAAGUACAUCUCAGAGCUAGCCACCGUAUGGAAGAACAAAUAAUUAAUUACGUCCACCUAUGCCAGUUGUUGAUGAAUUUAGGUGCAAGCCAAACAGGCCCUAGUGAAUUUGUUAUUGGGAACUGUGGUGUUAAUUAAAUUCAAAACAUAAAUACAUGCCCAGAACUUUGAUGGCUUGA